GGAUCCGGAAAUCCGCUUCCACACAAUCCGUUCGCUGCUGGGCUCUUCGGUCUGAUUCGCUGUCUCCACAAUGCACUGUGGGUAGUCCCAUUCACCUUGACUUCACGGUGUCCGGCUAUUGUCUCACUGUGAAGCUUCUUCGCAUUACGCAAGUUUUCAGGCCGCUGCACAACGUCAGCAGAGCUCCGUCAUCGCUACACAACGCCUCUGAAUUCUCGACUCCGAGAGAAUACUUAAGUUGUCUCUAUAAUCUUCCAAUAGAGACCAUCGAAGCUCCAAAAAGACAACGGCAAUAACAUUCAUUCAACAACAAUACUCAGGCUGGUUCUGAACAUUCACACUCCUUCAACUUUCAAUUUCAACAAAAUACGCUUUUGACAAGCACAUCAUUCAGCUUUCAAUCACUUCCACUCUUUUCAAGAACUCUACAUUCUCAACAACCGAAUUAGCCACAAUGUCUUCCACUAUGAACAAGACCGCUCUCUUUGCCGCCUUGCUGGCCAUGGCUUCCUCUGCCUCCGCUCACAUGUUCAUGAAGAGCCCGGUCCCAUUCGAGGGUGCUAAAAAGGAUCCGCUGGCUGGAGAUGGCUCCAACUUCCCCUGCCAGGGUAGUGGCUACCAGAUAACAGCCAUGAACGACUGGGCUGUUGGCUCCAAGCAAACCCUUUCGUUCCCCGACGACCAGACCGCUGUUCACGGUGGUGGCUCCUGCCAGAUCUCGGUCACCAAAGACGAGAAACCCACCAAGAAUUCCGUGUGGAAAGUAAUCCACUCUAUUGAGGGUGGCUGCCCCUCCGAUUCCACAGGCAACAUCGAUACUCAGGGUGGUACCGUCGGUACAUACGACUUUGAGGUUCCCGCCGAGCUCCCUGAGGGCACCAUGACCAUGGCAUGGACCUGGUUCAACCACGUCGGUAACCGUGAGAUGUACAUGAACUGUGCUCCCAUUAAGGUCUCUGGCGGCACUGGUAAGGGCUUCGACAAUCUUCCUGACAUGGCCACGUGCAACAUUGGCAAUGGAUGCUCGACAACCGAGGGCUCUGACUACACCUUCGCCAACCCCGGUAAAUCUGUCGUCAAGCUUGGCAACGGUCCUUUUGCAGGGCUUGGUGGCGGCGCUGCUUCCGGAAGCGGUAGUAUUGGCGGCUCUGGUUCUCCUAUCCCGGCGCCCUCAGCUCCCGCCGCUCCCUCUACUCCAGCCCUCAAAGAGCCUACAACUCCCGCAGCCACUACGCCCAAGGCUCCUUCUACUGGCAGUUCGUCCUGUCCCGAAAACGGCGCCCUCCUCUGUAAUGGCGAAUCCCAGUUCGGCCUCUGCUCCAACGGUGCUGUCAUAUACCAGCCCGUGGCUGCUGGCACAAAGUGCUCUGGCGGCAAGAUCACUCGCCGCGAACUCCACCGCAACGCACGCUCUGCUAUCCCCCCUUACUAGAUGUAUCUACCAAUAGGGUGCGCGUGUUGAAAGGUUAUGACGAGGACGAGACUUAGUUAGGGAGUUGCAUUGCAGGCGUUGGAGUUCAGAUUGGCAUUAGUACUCGUUUGGCUAUCUAUUUUGCUUCUCCUCUAGAUUGAAUCGUCGGCUCUGUCUCUGCCUCUUGCUUGGUGCAGUGAGCAAGGUGGAGUUAGGCGUUUUGGACACAUAGUCAGAAUUUAGACGCAUGCUUCGAGCAUUGAAUGUAAUUCGUGACAACAG